AUGCGUGACGAUGAAUCUGAAGAGGAGCCUGUUGAUAUCGAUGGUGACAGCGACGAAAACACAGGCGGCGAUCCAGAUGCGCAACAUCGGCCUUCGAGUUCUGCUUCUCAUCAAUACCCUCCACACUUCUCGACACUAAACUUGGAAGCUCUUGGUCAACAGGAAGACAGUGGUAACAGAGUGGGUAGAUCUUCUACAGAAUUUGAGAUUGGGCAAUCGUUCCAGAGUAAAGAAGAAGUUGUGCUCAGUGUGAAGGACUAUAGCAUCCGGCGAGGUGUUGAGUACAGAGUCAUCGAAUCGGAUCAUUUGAAGUAUCAUGGAAAAUGCAAGGAAUUCGGCAAGGGUUGCACUUGGUUGAUUCGAGUAGCGCUUCGUGCACGAAAGGGAACUUGGGAGGUCAGGAGGUACAACGGGCCACACACGUGCCUCGCAACUUCUAUUUCAAGUGAUCACCGUCAGCUGGAUUAUAACGUUAUAUGUGCGAGGAUUCUUCCUAUGGUUAGGGCGGAUGCUGCGGUUACGGUAAAGGUACUUCAACAAGCGACAGAAGCUGAUUACGGUUUCAGGCCUAGUUACAGGAAGGUCUGGUUGGCUAAGCAGAAGGCAGUGGCACAAAUAUAUGGAGAUUGGGAAGAGUCUUACGCGGAGUUGCCCCGUUGGAUGCUAGGGAUCCAGGCAACAAUGCCGGGAACAAUCACGGUGCUGAAGACGUCUCCGGUUCAGAUUGGUGGUGCGGUUGAUGAGUCGACGGUGUACUUUCACCGACUUUUCUGGACAUUUCCACCCUGUAUCGAGGCAUUCCGGCAUUGCAAGCCACUCGUCAGUAUUGAUGGUACCCACUUGUAUGGGAAGUAUGGAGGGACGCUCCUGUUGGCGAUAGCUCAGGACGGAAACUCCAACAUCCUGCCGAUAGCAUUCGCCCUUGUAGAGGGGGAAAAUGCAGAGUCGUGGUCAUUCUUCUUGUCCAACCUCCGAGAGCAUGUGACUCCUCAGGAGGGUAUCCUAGUUAUCUCAGAUAGGCAUAAUGGGAUCAAGGCGGCCCUUGAGGCACCUGAGACUGGAUGGCUGCCUCCUUGUGCUUUCCGGGCCUACUGUAUAAGGCAUGUGGCAGCGAAUUUCGCCCUAACGUUCAAAGGUAAGGACUCAAGGAGGUUACUGGUCAAUGCUGCCUACGCCAAGACUGAGGGUGAGUUUUACUACUGGUUCGACAUCAUGCGGACUGAGAAUCCAGCAAUGUGUGACUGGGCCAACCGUAUGGCGUAUGACAAAUGGACCCAACAUGAGGAUGCUGGUCGACGGUUCGGGCACAUGACCACAAACAUCAGUGAAUGUGUGAACUCCGUGCUAAAGGGUACUCGCAACCUCCCGGUUACAUCGUUGGUUAAGUCAACCUACGGGAGGCUUGCUCAGCUAUUUGUGGUCCGGGGACAGACAGCAGAGGCACAACUCGGAUCCGGCCAUGAAUUCUGUCAGGCAUUGGUCAAGGCUAUUGAGCGGAACCUUAGAGACUCACUAUUGAUCGGAACCUUAGAGACUCCAGGUGCUUUACUGUGA